AAGCGUUCCCGUGUUUUCGGUCAGUGGCCAGACUCAAGUGGAAGCUUACGCGACGCUAUCUCGGCACUUGCAGCGUCGCCGUUCCUGUGGAUUUCGUGUUGCCCGUGCGGUGUAUAGUUUCGGUGUGCUUUUCUGCAAAAAGCUCAGGAUGAGGACUCUGAUCGUAACCGCAGUUCUAGCCGUGCUGGCUACCGUCGCAUCGGCUGGAUACCUUGGUGGAUACGGAGGCUAUGGUGGUCAUGGCGGUGGCUACGGUGGUGGCUACGGUGGUGGCUACGGAUUGGGACAUGGCGGCGGCGGCUUCUCCUCGGCCAUCACGUACCAAUAUGACAACCAGAAGGCGGCGCCGCACUACGGCGGGGGCUACGGCGGUGGCUACGGCGGUGGCUACGGUGGUGGAUACGGUGGUGGCUACGGCGGCGGCUACGGUGGAGGACAUGGAGGAGGCUAUGGUGGCGGCUACGGAAUUGGCUUGGGACAUGGUGGAUAUGGACUGGGCAUCGGCCUCGGCCACGGAGGAUACGGGGGAGGACUCGGAUACGGAGGACUAGGCUUGGGACACGGCUACGGAUAUAAGGGGUGAAUGACCGAUCCAGACUCAUAGAAAAGACACCUUGGGGCCAACACACGUUCUGCACUGCAAUUUCUGUAAAUUAUUGCCUCCUUUCUCAAAUAAAAUGUCACCUCGCGCCACGAGUCAUGUUUUGUGCGUAAUUCCACUGUAUAAAAGCGUGAAAAAAUAAAAGAGA